AUGAAUCUUCUCUGGGCUUUGGGGAUCGCACUCACUACUUACACCGUCGCUUUGUAUCUCGGGCGCACCCUGCGACACAGGCAGCUCUUGAAGCAAACUUGCGUCCUGGAUAUCGAUUCCUUAGGACUCAGGCUACCUCGCGAGAAAAUGAAAGGCACGGCGGUCAUCUGUGGCGGAAGCAUCGGAGGUCUGCUCGCAGCUCGAAUAUGUCAUGACCAUUUUGACAAAGUUGUUAUCGUGGAACCGGAGGCGUGGAUGAAUUCCGAAGACGCCAUACGUGUAGACGCAUGGAACCAAGAAAGCAAGCGCUCGCGUAUCAUGCAGUACGAAUCAUUACAUGUCGUUCUAGCCAUGGGGUACAAGGUUAUGCAAAAGCUUUUCACUGACAUCGAGGAGAAAUGUUACGCAUCGAGCAUCAAGGUAGGCCCCAAUGAUACGCAUGCUCGCAUGUGGGGAAAUGUGCCUCGGCUUCCGUAUGCCGAGUACGGUGGUAGCCUUCCGAAGACAUUCUGUGCCGGUCGCGCAGGUUUUGAAACAUUUUUACGACGUCUCGUACUGGGUGGUGACUACAAACACAUUCGCCAGGUUAUUGACACGGUGACUGGUGUUUCUCAGAGCGCUCACAAUCCUGGAUACCUUGACGGAAUUUCGGUCCGUACUCCCGAAGGCAUCCAAAACAUCUCCGCUACUCUCGUUGUCGAUUGCACAGGACCUGCAGCUGCGGGCCUUAAAUGGCUUCGACGAGAAGGAUACGGAUUCGUGGAUACAUACACGAAGAAUCAACUACCCCUAGACCAGUUAAGGAUUGCAUACGACCAAAAGCUUCAAUAUUCUACCCUCAAAUUCCAUGUCCCGCCGGAGCUUGGGAGGAAGAUCCCUGGCCUCUCGCUUCCCUACGACGAGUGUGGAUAUAUAUAUUGCCUCUCCACGGACCCAGACAAAGACCAUCGAAAUGUAUACUCUCAGCGUAUUGAUGGUAACUUCAUCCAACUCUGUUUCAGUACGAUGGGCGAGUACGAACUUCCAAAGACUCUUGAGGAAGGCAAGGCCUUUGUUCGAAGUCUGAUUACCGAGAAGCCGAUUCCGGAGACCUUCUUCGUGAUGCUGGAUAUGCUGGACGAAGUAACGGACACCAUGACUUACAGUCACGUUCGUUAUCCCGGCUCCAGCUACAUCAGAUACGAGAAGGCCGUCAACCUACCUUCUAAUUGGGUCCUCUGGGUGAUAGUGCAAGGUUGUUCAAAGGCCUUCUUCGGUGCUGUUUGCCUUAAUAAGCUGCUCAUGAACUCAACGGCGAUACCAAAAGAUUUCUCAAAGAAGUACUUCAGCGAUCAUGCGGAGAAGAUUAAACCACUUUGUCGCUCAAAGCCAGUGAUUAUUCCUUCUCGACGACAGCUUCCGCUUCCUGGAGAGACGUUGUCUCACGGCUCGUGGAUUCGGUGGUACAUGAAGAAGCUAGUUGUUUUAUCUUUUACUGACGAACAAGCGGGUUCGGCAGUUUGGCAUGUCCGGACGCUUCUGGCACCGAGUAUAGAUGCUUUCCAGUUGGGGCUUGUACUCAAAGUAUUUUGGAGCCUGAUUAAAGGCACGAGUGGAAAUAGUUGCGGUUCGAGAAUGAAUCUCGUCUUCAACUUCGAUGCUGUCGGGUUCAAGCCAUAUAUACUUUCUGGUGCAACCUACUCAAACUUGUAUGCGGGGAAUCCGAACUAG